AUGGCCUCCCGCGUGAAUAACCUCAUGAACCACCUCGCUAUCCGCGACUCGGACAGCGAGGAGAUGCGCUACAUCAAGCAGCGCCUCGCGCUCGCCUCCCUCUCCACCCAAUUCACCAUGGCCUCAGAGAAGAUGAAGCAGCUCACCAUGUACAUGGUGUAUGAGAUGGUCGAGGGUCUUGAGGGUCGGCCGAGCACCGUGCGCAUGCUGCCGUCCUACGUGUACACGUCUGACCCAGCCAAGGCCACGGGUGUGUACUACGCGCUCGACCUCGGUGGCACGAACUUCCGCGUACUGCGCGUGAGCCUGCGCAGCGGCAAGGUGGACGACCGCAUCGACUCGAAGUUCGUCAUCCCGAAGAGCGCCCUGACUGGCAAUUCCGCGAACCUGUUCGACUUCAUUGCGCAGAGCGUGAAGAAGAUGAUGUCGGAGAAUGCCCCCGAGGACCUGGAGAAGCGCGUGCCGCUCGGCUUCACGUUCUCCUUCCCGGUGGACCAGAAGGCCGUCAACAAGGGUCUGCUGAUCAAGUGGACGAAGGGCUUCUCGACGAAGAACGUGGAGGGCAACGAUGUGGUGGAGCUGCUGCAGGGGUCGCUGCGCCGCAUGCACAUCAACGUGAACGUUGUGGCGCUCUGCAACGACACCGUCGGCACGCUGGUGGCGCGCUACUUCGUCGACACGAACGCGCAGGUCGGCGUCAUCAUCGGCACUGGCUCCAACGCCUGCUACUUUGAGCGCGCCUCGGCCGUCACGAAGGACCCCGCCGUGUGUGCCCGCGGCAACGCCGUCACGCCGAUCAACAUGGAGUGCGGCAACUUCGACUCCAAGUACAAGUAUGCGCUGCCCACCACCGUGUACGACGACGAGAUGGACGCGAUCACCCCCAACCGCGACCACCAGCGCCAAGAGAAGAUCGUCUCUGGCAUGUACCUCGGUGAGAUCAGUCGCCGCAUGAUCGUGCACCUGGCUCAGCUCGGCUGCCUGCCCCGCGAUCUGGUGGACGGUCUGGGCAAGCCGUGGGCGUUCGAAAGCAAGCACAUGGGCAUGGUUGCCGCCGAUCAGAUGCCCGGCCUGCAGUUCACUCGCGAGCUCAUAAAGCGCGUCGCUGGUGUGAAUGUGACCGAUGUAGCCGACCUGCACACGAUUCGCGAGAUCUGCUGCCUGGUGCGUAACCGUGCUGCUCAGCAGGCCGCUGUUCUUAGUGCUGCUCCGAUGCUCAAGACCCGCACGCAGGGCCUCGCCACCGUCGCUGUCGACGGCUCCGUGUACGAGAAGGUGCCGUCCUUCCAGCGCCUGUACCAGGAGUGCAUAACUGGCAUCCUCGGCCCCACAUCGAACGCGAAGGUGGUUCUGCAGAAGGACGGUAGCGGUGUCGGCGCCGCGAUGAUCUGCGCACUGGCCGCCAACCAGAAGUAG